AUGAGGUGCAUACUCAGGUUCCUAUUACAUCCAAAAUCCGUAAACGAUCAACUCUGCACUCAGGUCUCAAAAUUCCAAAAGUGCACUUUUUCAGUUAUCUCCAAAUCCAACAGUGCAGAUAAAUCUCCGGAACACCCCAUUAUUGCCCAAAGAAACGACCGGAAGUUAGGCCCGCUCUUUAAUGAAAUCCUGGCCAUUUUGGGAGCUGAAAAUGAAAUAACAGAUCAAAAUCCAACGGGGUUUUCGAGUGCAGAAGUAACGGACCUGAAAAGAGAUGCUGUAGGAGCACGGCCGUCACAGGGCCUGCAAGAUAUUUGUUUAAAUUCGCAAAAGAGAGUAGAACACCAAGACGAAAGUUUACUGGUUUCCGAGAAUACAGUAACGGAAGUUUCGGAUGGAAUUGAUGUCAGUCCCAUGGUCCAUAAGGUUACUGAGAUUGUUAGAGGUGAAAAUAGGUCCAAAUCAAUGGAGGAAAAGUUGGAAGAAGCCGGUUUUGAGUAUAAUGUGGAAAUUGUUGAAAACGUUCUGAAGAGAUGCUUUAAAGUUCCUCAAUUGGCUUUGAGGUUCUUUAAUUGGGUAACUUUGAAAGCAGGGUUUCGUCCCUCAACUGAGACAUACAAUAUAAUGAUCUACAUUGCGGGGGAAGCGAAGGACCUUCGUUCGGCUGAUGUAUUACUAGAGGAAAUGGAGAAGAAUUCAUGUCAGAAAGAUAUUAAAACGUGGACUAUUCUCAUAGAUCAGUAUGGGAAGGCGAAGUUGAUCAGCAAAGCUUUGUUGACCUUUGAGAAGAUGAAGAAAUCUGGUCUCCAACCAGAUGUGAUGGCUUAUAAGGUUAUGUUGCUAAACAUUUGUAAAGCUGGGAAAGGGGACAUUGCGUUGGAGUUUUACAAGGAGAUGAUCCAUGGAAAUAUGAGAGUGAGCUCGGGUUUGUAUCAACAACUACUUAAAUGCUUAGCAUGCUCCGGGCAUGUUGAUGCUGUUUAUGCUGUUGGUGAUGACAUGAUAAAAGUUUCGGAGAUUCCUGAACACGUCAUUUAUGGUUUCAUGCUGAAGAGUUUCUGCAUUGCUGGACGCAUUAGGGAAGCCUUAGAAUUGAUCCGCACCUUCAAGGAUAAAAGUGCAAGCCUUGGAUCUGAAAACAUCAACACUUUGGUCAAAGGAUUGUGUAGGGCAGAUAGAAUUGCUGAUGCUUUGGAAAUUGUGGAUAUUAUGAAGAAAAAGAACUCUGUCGAUGAGGAAAUGUAUGGAAUCAUCAUUAAUGGUUACUUGAGAAAAAAUGAUGUUUCUAAGGCAUUUGAUACUUUUGAGAACAUGAAAGUUUCAGGAUGUUCACCCACUGUGUCUACCUACACUAAUCUGAUGCAACAUCUGAUCCGCAUGAAAGAGUUUCAGAAAGCCAUGGAACUUUAUAAUGAAGUGAUGGAUGUUGGUGUACAAUUGGAUAGCGUAGCAACAACAGCAAUAGUUGCAGGGUAUAUUAGUCAAAACCGCAUUUCUGAUGCGUGGCAAGUGCUUAACAAUAUGUUGGAGAAUGGGGUCAGACUGACUAAAAGGUCUUACUCAAUAUUCAUCAAGGAGCUUUGUAAAGUUUCUGCAACAGAUGAGAUUGUCAAUAUGUUGAUCCAGAUGCAGGCUUCACAGGUUAAAAUAGGAAAUGAUAUCUUUCAGUUUGUUAUACUUUAUAUGAUGAAAAAGGGAGAGAUGGAUAAGGUAAAAAAUCUAAAGCAGAUGCAGAAAAGCUGCAACAUUUUUUCCAAAGAAGAGGACUCACCUACUGCUGAUAUAGCGACUCAACCAGAAUCAAAUGCAAAGUUAAAUUUCAAACAACUAGAGCAACAAUGUUUAGAUUGUAAUGUGGUGGAGUCAACAUCAAGUUCCUAUAACCAAGAUGAUUUGCAUGAAGUUAACCGAAUCUUGUCAUCCUCAAAGGAUUGGUGGUCUCUUCAAGACAAAUUGGAGAAACGUGCUAUACAGUUCACCCCAGAACUUGUGGUGGAUACUUUGCGAAAGUGCAGCUUGCAUGGUGGUGCCGCACUACGAUUUUUCUCAUGGGUUGCAAAGCAAAGUGGUUAUAGACACAAUACUGAGGCCUACAACAUGGCUAUUAAACUCUCAGGUCAAGUAAAGGAUUUUAAACGCAUGAGAAGUCUCUUCCACGAAAUGAGGAGAAAUGGCUACUCAAUAACAUCUGAUACAUGGACAAUCAUGAUAAUGCAAUAUGGUCGAGUGGGCCUCACAAACAUUGCCCUCAAUACUUUCAGAGAGAUGAAAGCUAGUAGUUGUAAUCCUAAUGCAAGUACGUACAAGUUCUUGAUAAUAUCUCUUUGUGGUGAAAAGGGUAGGAAUGUUGAUGAAGCAAUCUUAAUCUAUCAAGAGAUGAUUAAAGCAGGGUUUCAACCUGAUAAAGAAUUACUAGAAUCUUACCUUGGUUGUUUGUGUCAAGUUGGUAAACUGUUGGAGGCAAGGAGGUGUGUCGAAUCUCUUCGAAAAGUUGGUUUUACAGUUAGUUUGACCAGAUCGCUGUAUAUAAGGGCCCUUUGUCGUGGAGGAAGGCUGGAAGAGGCUUUAGAGUUAAUUGAUGAAUCUGGUAGCGAGAAGCAUACUCUAGAACAGUACACGUGUGGUAGCCUAGUAAACGGACUACUACGAAGAGGACGAGUUGAAGAGGCAAUGUCAAGGGUGGAAUCGAUGAAGCAGGUUGGCAUCCACCCUACUGUCCAUGUUUAUACAUCACUAAUGGUCCAGUUCUUUAGGCAGAAGCAGGUAUCUAAAGCUUUAGAAACCUUCAAGGAGAUGAAAGAGAUGGGAUGCCAACCAACAACUGUUACAUAUUCUGCAAUUGUACGUGGAUAUAUGGAGAUGGGAAAGAUUACAGAUGCCUGGGAGAUUUUCCGUCAUAUGAAGCAAAAUGGACCAUUCCCUGAUUUCAAGGCUUACUCAAUGUUCAUUGCUUGUCUUUGCAGAGCAGGUAGGUCUGAAGAAGCUCUUCCACUUUUUGAUGACAUGUUGGAUGCUGGGAUACUUCCUAGUACAAUAAAUUUUCGAACGGUUCUCUUUGGGCUGAACAGAGAAGGCAAACACGAUUUGGCCCAAAUUGUACUGCGGAAAAAGUUGGAUCUUAAAUGUCGAAGAAAACUAUCGUCGUAG